UCUGAACCCAGUCCCACAUAUCUAGAAGUUUCUGCGACAUUUUUAAUUGUUUGUUUGACGAGAAGCUUCUUGUGGUUCUGGCGUCAGAUCUUUAUUCUUCAACUAUGUAUAAGACUAUCCAGAACCUUCGCAAACGUUCCAUACGCUUCUCCUCAACACCGCCUUCUCUUAAAUCUCUUGCAACUAUAUAUACUUGUAGUCGUUAAUCACCCAUCAUCCCUAAUUUAGCUGUUGCAAAAUCAAUCAAACAAUUUUCUGCACAAUAUUCCCUCAGAAAAAAAGCAAUUAUGGCAUAUUCUACUUCUAUGGCUCUCCGACGUCUCGCCGGCAAAAACCUUAUUUCGGGCAGCAUUUUCCGGCCAUUUCGAUCUCUUUCCGGCACUCGUAACUUUAACACUAAUGCUCAGAUGACCAGAGUUGACGACUCUGAUGAACACGACGAUCGCUCUGACCGUGGUGUCAUUUCUCGCCGCCGUGACUUCCCCGCUGGCUUCUUCUCAGGUAAUGUGUUUGAUCCAUUUACUCCAACAAGGAGUGUAGGCCAGCUGAUGAACCUGAUGGACCAAUUGAUGGAGAAUCCAUUCGUGUCGGCGUCGCGAGGUAUGGGAGGUGGAGGAGCAAUGAGGAGAGGAUGGGAUGUUCGAGAGGAUGAAGAUGCCUUGCAAUUGAAGGUGGACAUGCCAGGUUUGGCAAAAGAAGAUGUGAAGGUGUCAGUGGAAGAGAACACUCUGAUCAUAAAAGGUGAAGCAGAGAAAGAAACAGAGGAAGAAGAGCAGAGGCGCAGGUACUCAAGCAGGAUUGAUUUGACUCCAAAAAUGUAUAAGAUUGAUGGAAUUAAAGCUGAGAUGAAGAAUGGUGUACUUAAAGUUACUGUUCCUAAACUUAAAGAUGAAGAGAAGAAAGAUGUGUUCCAAGUUAUGGUUGAUUAGAACACUAGAUUAUUAGUAUUAGUACUAGACUAGUAGUAUUACUUUGUUAAGUGAGGUUAGAGCUUUCCGGUUUUCAAAUAAAUUGGAUGUGUUCUAUGUAAAUUGCGGCGGACUGUUUUCAUGGUUCGUUUAAUGUUAUUUGGUCUUAUCUUGAGUAA